AUGAAAAAUGAUAAUCAAAAAGAAAAUAAUAAUAAUGAGCUGUGAGUCAACUAAUUGGGUAAUUAGCUAGUCUAAUUAUCAAUCGUUUUAGUAGCGCAGUGUCAAAAAAUGGAGCCGGUGACAAAACAGAAGAUGAUGUUGGAAAUGAGAUGGGUGAAGCUCAAAGAUGCGAUGGAAAAUGUGAUUUGAUGCUAGAAAUCGGCGAGUUACAACAAAUCGAAUGCGAACAUAUUUUUUGUCAAAAAUGUCUGGCUGAAAUCAAGAAAGAGGAGCAUACAAAAGAAGCGUGUCCAACAAAAUUGAAACCAAGUUCGAAUAAGAGUAUAAAGAAGACCGAGUCUGAUAUUAUAUCAGAUAUCGGGAAUGUUGAAGCAUCGCUUAGUCGAUUAUCAGCAAGAGUUAUGGAAUCAGAUAGAAGCAAGACUAAAUGCAAUAAAGUGGAUUCGCCUCAACAAGUUCAAAUUAAUCUCGAUGUUGUUGCUCAGCUGACCAAACCACCCGCGAAAAAGAAGAAACGAGGAAAAUCGGAGAAUUUGACAAGAGAAUGGUACUCUUUUAUACACAAUGGUCAACCGAUUGCCGUGCUUUUAUCACAUGAUGCCACAUUUCAAGAUCUUAUUAAAAAACUCGCUCUGAUUUUAAAUGUCAACUUGGAAACGCAUGAGAUCAACUUGAAAAUGCAACCAUCUUCAAGUUCUUCGUCAGCAGAUCAUCAAUCACAUGAACCGGUAAAGUUUGGAAUAUUGAAAUUUGGAUUUUUUGAAAUUUCUAAUCCUCUUUUUAGAUGCUGAUUUCUGUGGAUAAUGUGAAUGCGAAACUUUCAUCAUUACAAAUCCCAAAAUCGAAAAUGCUGAUUGUUGAAAUUGGCGAGCGGAUGAAGAAAGAAGCGAAAGAUCCACCAACGCAUUCAGGAAGUGAGCGAAAACAUAAAAAUUGA